GCAAAACCUUGUUAAAAAAAACUGUUUUACCAUGUUUCUGCUUAAAGGUUCAUCAGUAAAAAAAAGGCGGGGGGUGGCUGUGUUUAUCGUGACUUUGAAACGUUGUUGUUGGAUCUGUUCGUUGUUAGAUACAGGAGAACAACAGCGUUUACUGCUUUAAAGUUUAGUUUCAUAAUAAUGGACCUGAGAAAAGUUUGAAACGUGGCCGCCGGAGCCUCUCCCUGCGCCGCAUGGCCUGCAGCACCGCACCCCUCCACUAACCGGGUGUCUCGGUGCCUCGGAAUCAAAUAUUAUCGCUUCUUUAUAGAAAUAUAACCCGUCCAAAUAAUGUGAUUUAAAAAAUAAUAAUAUUUGAUCAGAUCUGCCGCCUGCCACGACUCAAAAAUCCGCGGUGUGACCAGGCAACUCGCCACUCUGCCAGGUUGAAGGUUAAAAUUCAACAUUUAGCCCGUUGUUUACUAAAAUAACUAAUGAGAAAUUAUUAUUUUACUUUUAAUGAGACUUUUAGCGUAUAUUUAUUUUUAUAACACUGAAAUAGCGUUUUGUUAACCUGUACCUAAGCAGACUGACUGUAGUCCACAACAAGAAGCAACUGCUUAGAAACCUGGGAUUAAUUACGGAGGAUUUGGACGACUUGACCAUUCAGGUUUUCUUUUCCAGCACGAAAAGUCCGUUUUUUAAUGGUUAUGUUUUAAUGCUUCAGAUCGCCUACAUAAGAGUCAUUCAAGACUACCGUUUAGAUAAUUAUUCUACAUUAAAAACAACGCGAGACUAGCCGAGUCUACUCGCUUGGCUGCAUUUGGCAUAAAACACACAUUAAAUGUUAUUAUCGGGCUGUUUAGUGUGUUGUAAACACACACCAACUAAACAGACUCGGCAGUAGGCCGCCAUCUAAUCUUUAUAGAAAUAGUGUUUUCUUACAUUUGCAACCUUUUCUGUGACCAACACACGGUCGCCGAGGAGUGGUGUGAACAGCCGUCUGGGUGUGAACGGGCUGGGGUCAGAUCCUCCAGGCGGCAUCGGGGAUAUCUUAACACUAACUGCGGAUCAAGAGGCUCCAACACACCGCUAAACUCUUCUGAUCAACGAGACGGGCUCUUCUGCAACCGUCAGGAUGUCGAUGGGCAUGGAUCCACAGGGAGACCCACCGCCAGCCUAGCCUUUAGCGGCUCUUUGGGAACACUAUCCCGGACACAGUGCUAGCUCCGGACGCCCCACUCCCCCCCACACACUGGAGAAUGGAUGGCCGAGAUUUCGGACCCCCUCGGUCUGUCCAUGUUCCCCCUCCCCUGUUGGCCAUGGAGACCCACCGACUCGGAGCUGCUGCAGCAGCCAGGAGGAUCCCUCCCUCGCCCGGACACUUGGGCACAGGGCACCCAGCAAACCUCCACGUCGGGAAAUUCCUUCCAACGGUCAUGAACCUCCAUCCACAUCACAGUGAUGCCUUCCCAGCAGCCUCCAGUCCCUUCCUGCCGGGCUAUUCCGGCCCCUCCCCCCUAACCUCUGACCCAGCCUACAGAUCACCCAAUCAGAUGGCUCAGCUCUGGGCCUCACACGCUGCCGCCCACGAAGGCUACGCCCCUCUCCCAGGCGGUCUGUACCCCAGCCCCUACCACCUCCCCCUGGGUAACCUGGAGCCUCCUCCCCCCUCGCUGGGCUUGGCUCAGCACCACCACCUCUACAACGCACCACACCAAGAGAGGUUCUUCCUGCCGGUGUCGUUACCCCAGCCGCCUCUCCAACCCUCCUCCAUCCCCCCCAGUUCCACCCCCCAGAGUAGCUCCCGGGAGGGGGGCAGGGACCGAGACAUACCCUACCGCGAGGAGAGGGAGAGAGAGGAGCCUCAGGAGGGGGGCAGGGACCGAGACAGACUCUACCGUGUGGCGAGGGAGAGAGAGAAGCCUCAGGAGGGGGGCAGAGACAUACCCUACCGCGAGGAGAGGGAGAGAGAGGAGCCUCAGGAGGGGGGCAGGGACCGAGACAGACUCUACCACGAGGAGAGAGAGGAGCCUCAGGAGAGGGGCAGAGACAGACUCUACCGCGAGGAGAGAGAGGAGCCUCAGGAGAGGGGCAGAGACAGACUCUACCGCGAGGAGAGAGAGGAGCCUCAGGAGGGGGGCAGAAACAGACUCUACCGCGAGGAGAGAGAGCGAGGCGAGAGGGAGCGGUCGAGAGAGGAGCCUCGUCCAUACAGUGUGGUAGAUCUGACACAGGAUGGGAGGAGUGGAGAGAGAGAACGCGACAGAGACCGAGAGAGAGAAAGAGAGGUUCUCCUCCACCACCCCUCUGCUUCUCGACCCCCCCAGGGCUCCUCCUCUUCUGGGCGUUACCCAGAGACUGAUGACACACCCACUCGCUCCCCCAACCCCAACCCCAGCCCCCACACACACACAGACAGGCUGAGGAAGACUGAAUCUACCUACAGCGGUGGACUCCUCCCUGGCCCCGCCUACCCUGCACACCGGGAGCCUAUCAGGGAACAGCGUGUGAGCGCGCCCACUUACGUGCCUUCUGUGGAGGUCUAUGAUGAGCAGAUCGGCCCGAUCCAGAUCGCAUCGCAGGCCAGGGACAAACAGGACAAACUGAGAGAAAGAGAGAGAGAAAGAGAGAGGGAAAGAGAGAGGGAGAGGUUUCCCGAAAAGACUCUAUCGGACCGUCGCGCUUCUCUUCCUGGUGAUUUGUCCAAUCAGAGAGAGCGGGAGGAGGGCUCUGUGAUCUGCUCCAACGGUUCGGCGCUGAAACGAGACGGUUACGUCAGCCAAUCAGGGUUCAGCCCGGACCCCAGGGACACGCCAAAACAUGCCAUCCGAUUGGGCUUGGAGCGGGUGGGGGAAGGGCCUAAAUGGAACCCCAUCAGCCCAUUGGCCAACUAUGCCACCAGUCAUAUGGCAGCUCUGGCCUCCCAGCACGGACACGCACACUCCACACAGCAGGCACGCACACACACUCAUCCCUCACACAACAACCAGCCGGAACUCAACAGACCCCCUUCCAACCCCCACACACCCCAACACAGACACACACACACUCAACCCUCGCACCAUAACCAGCAGGAACUCAACAGACCCUUAUCCAACCCCCACACACCCCAACACAGACACACACAUUCCCCCCACCCUCCGCCCCAACCCCAGAGGGGAGAGGAGGGACAGGGGCGCUACUUGGACACCUCAGCCCUGUACCGCCCAGUGGGGGGGAGGAGAGGGGGGUCUGAGGGGGGAGCAGACGGAGGAGAGGUGUCGGCCAUGCAGAGUCUGAUCAAAUACAGCGGGACCUUCCCACCUGAACGCCAGGGGUCCUCCAGGCAGAACACGGACAACCAAGCCGCGUUCGGAGGGCUGGCGUUCAUGAGGCUGGAGGGAGGAGGAGGAGGAGGAGCGGGGGCGAGGCUGAUGAAGAGAGAGCUGGAGCGUCCCGACAGCUCUCGGUCGUUGGGACGCGGCGAAGGGGCGGGGCCAGGCGAGGGUGGGGGAGAGGUCCGUCACCCUCCUGUUGGGAUAGCUGUGGCAGUGGCCAGACAGAGCAAUACAGACUCCCAGAGACCUCUACUACUGCACGCAGGGGUUAAAGACGAGGAGCGGGGGGACGAGCGAGCCCGUCACCGUGGUGAUAGACUGGGGUGCCUGGAGCGUGAGCAGGAGAAGUUGCUCAGAGAGAGUAAGGAGCUGGCAGAGUUCACCCAGAUGCACCCUCCCUUGGUGUCCAGCGCCCUGACCUCUAACCUCAUGACCUCCAACCUCAUGGUGACUGGAGGCUCCGCCCGCUGGCCCCACGACCCCUCCCCCCUGACCUCUCACCCCUGGAUGCCCCGCCAAGGAGCACCGCCCAUCUGGCUGUCAGGAUCCCCCUACGGUUUAGGCCCCUCUCCGCUGCACCAGGCCCUCCCUCCCUACCAGCUGGCCAGAGACCCCCAGUCAGGACAGCUGAUGGUCAUAGCCACAGAACACAUCCCACGCUACGGAGGAGAUGUGUUGGACGGGGGUGGCGCCCCCCAGUGGCCAGGGGUGUACGGAGCAGGCAGUUCUCUGCAACAUGCCGCUCAGCUGCAGUUGUUGUCACAGCAACAGAUGCUGAGGCAACAUGAGCUGGUGAUGAUUCAACAACACGCUGCUCAGGUCCUGGAGUUGCAGAGGAACGCUCAACUGAUGGAGCGUCUGAAGGCCAGUGAACAGAGGGCGGAGCUAGAAGAGAAGACCAAUAAGAGGAGUUCCGAGCCCAAACCCCGCCCCUCGCCACGCCCCACUCCCUCCCCCUCCCUCCACUGCCAUAAAACUCCCCUCCGUUCACCUCCCCCCUCCACCUCCUCCCUCACCCCCCUGUCCUCCCCCAGGCCCACUCUCCAACACCCGGAGGUCCAGAGAGAAAGGUUUCACCCUUCCUCUCCCCUCCCUCGCCCUCCCGCCCCACACUCUGCCUCCCCCCUGAGACCCUCCUCCCCCCUGAGACCCAAGCAGGACGCUGACGAGGAGGAGGGGGGAGAGAGGGGGGAGAAACAGACCACCGCCCCCUAUCACCGAAUCUACACAGAUAUCACCCCUGGUUACCGUUACCAGUCCAUCACCGCACCGUUCAGCGCCCUAUUCCCCCCCCGCCCCCUCCCCCAACCAGCAGGGGGUAACAAACACCCCUCGGUCUCCUCCCUGCCGCCUCUUCUCCGGGCCACAGCUCCAGACGCCAAGCCUCGGGGCCUGGAACUCCGGCCAGACCAGGGGACCACGCUGAAGCAUGACCCCGACCAGGAGCCACCCCAGCUGGGCAUGAGUCCUGCUGCCCUGGACCCUCAGCUCCGGACCUCCCGCCCUCCAACCCUCAGCCAAAUAGAGAGAGACGGAGAGUCAAGCCUCAAACACACACAUCUCACCCACACACACACACAAUUACACACACAUCCCAGCCUUACACACCCACACAAACACACCAGCCUCCACUCAGCCCCCCAGCCCUGUCCUCCUCUACCCCCCACACAGCCACACAAACACACCAGCGUUAGCCUCCCCUCAACCCCCCAGCCCUGUCCUCCUCUACCAUCCACACAGCCACACAAACACACCAGCGUUAGCCUCCCCUCGGCCCCCCAGCCCUGUCCUCCUCUACCAUCCACACAGCCACACAAACACACCAGUGUUAGCCUUCCCGCAGCCCCCAAGCCCUGUCCUCCUCUACCAUCCACACAGCCACAAGAACAACAGACCGAGGAGGAAGAGGAGGAGGCAGGAGCGGUCAAGAUGGAGGUGUUGACCUACGGCUGCCGAGGAGCCUAUCAGCUUCCACCGUCCGUCCCGAAGGUGGAGACUAAACCAGAGGUCACAGAGAAGUCGAGCCCCGCCCAUUACCCAUCAUGCACCACGGCAAGCUCCGAGCGACCGGCCUUUAGACCCAGCCCCGACACACACGCAUCCGCUCCCCCCCCCUCUCCCUGCCCUCCCUCUCCCUCCCCUCUAAACAUCGUCCCUGAUGACCCCAUGGCUGGUAUGAUGACGCUGUUGGCUGCUAGUCAGAUGCCCCAGGCUGCCCCCCCUGCCCUACCCACCCUGCCCCAGACAGAGGCCUCCUCACUGGGGAGAGACGUGUCCAGUCCUGGGUGUCUGGAGGUCUGGGCUCUGGAGGGGAUGACUCUACUCAGCGACAUGGCCUCACUAGAGAUGGAUAGGAUACAGCUGGAGCAGGGUGAGGUGUUGUGUGGUCUUGACAGCCUGUUAGAGGCAGGUAGAAAGGUGUUGCUGGAGGCCAUUGAGAGCCAGUCUCACAUCGACCUCCCCAGACAACUACACCCCAGCAAGACCUACAGCUGGAGGAUGAGGACAGACCCACAGGAGCAGCUCUUCAGUAAGCUGUGUGUGGAGGUGUGUGAUGGAGGGGAGUCUCAGCAUCGGAUGAGAUUAGCGGAGCUACAGAGGCAGUACAAGGACAAACAGAGACAACUGGACCGGCUGCAGAGACGCUCUGACACCCAAGAGGUUCAGCAGCAGCAGGAGGAGGAGAGGCGGAGUCUAACCAGACGUGGGCGGGGCCGACCUAGGAAGAGGAAACGUGUAGCGACGCCCCCUGGCAAGAUGGAGUCCCGGACAGGGAAGCCGGGCAGGACAGUGCGGUACUCUGAGGUGGGGGAUGGAGGGAGGAAGAGGUUCCACUGUUCCAGAGGGGAGGAUGAUGAGAUGCAGGGAGGAAGAGGAGGAGAGAAGAGGAGUUGGCAGGACCAGGAGCCGUCCACUAGUCACUCUCUGGAGGUCUUUAAGGCUCGUCAUGGCGGUCUGUGUGACCAUGAGCAGCUAGCCUGUGACCUGGACAGAGCUCUCUCCCUGUCCGUACUCAGUACCAGCCGCCGGACGCCCUCUGACCCCGGCGGGAGGGAUGGAGGGGUGAUCCCCUCGUCUGGAGGGAAACAGAAGGUUAGAGGUCAGAGGAAGACGGUUUCUCCUCCUCUUCCUCACUCCUCUCAACGCUCCAGCUACGACUACAACUCUGACUCUGAAGAGGAUGUCCCCCGGGGGGGCUGUCACCCCUUCUCAGGGUUGCGACCCCACACAACCCCGCCCAGGAAGAGACCGUCCCCCUCCUCGUCCAAUCAGGCGGCUCGGGAGAGGAAACAGAAGCACUUAUCCCUCCUGCUGCAGGAGGCGGGGCUUAGCUCCUCCGACGACUCCUUCGAUCAAGAGUCCUCCACUGAGGAGGACGAUGAUGAGGAAGAGUUGUCGUGCUCCGAGGGGAGUGAGCUGGAGGAGAGUGGGUUGGGCCUGCUGGCCAGGUUCGCAGCCAGCGCCCUCCCGGUCAACCCCGUCCCCCUGCCCCGUCUUCACGACAAGAAACACCGUAGCAGGCAAAGCAUUCUGGGUUCUGGUUCUGACCUGUGUCUGAGGAAGUUCCCCUCUCUGCUCCAUGGGAAACGCUCCGCACCCGAACUCCCCCUGUUACCCCCGGCAACGCGCCACGGCGACCACACUAGCAACGAGACCUCGCCGGUCAAACGCAAACCUCGCCCAUCUCCUCGGUCGCCCCGGAGAUUCACCUUUGACCCCGCCGGGGGACUAGCGGGAGGGGCUAGCGAGGAGGAGGGAUGGACACGCAGACGCAGCGAGAGGAUUUUCCUUCAUGAUGCCUCCACCAAUCAGAUCUCUCCCUCCAGUAAAAACCCUCCAAUCAGCACUAAACCCGCCCCCAGACCUAAAACCACACCCAGGGAGGGGAAAGACUGGAAGAAGAAGAGGCUGAAGGACCCUCCCCUGACCCCGCCCUCUCUGUCUAGUCCAAUCACAGAGAGCCCGGUAGCCCCUCCCCUCAGCCCUGCACGCAAGAGCCAAUCAAAAGCCAAGGCUAAACCCCGAGAGGCUCGUGGAGCGGUCAGUAGGCUGAUGAAGAGUAUGGAGGCUGAUGAAGACUUCGAACCCAGUCAGGACAGCAGCUUCUCUGAAGACGAUGGACCUCCUCCGUCACACAGCAGUCUGGCCGAGAGGACCCUGUCGUCUGCUCCGGUCCAGUGUGUGUUAGAUAAAGACUCUCUUCAGGAUGGUCUGAGGGUUCUGAUCCCCAUGGAUGAUCAGCUGCUGUAUGCUGGACACGUCAACACGGUACACUCCCCGGACAUUUACAGUGUGGUGGUGGAGGGGGAGAGAGGGAACAGACCUCAUAUCUACUGUCUAGAACAACUCCUGCAGGAGGCUAUUGUGGAUGUGAUGCCUCCGUCAGUCUGGUAUCUUCCUGAAGGCUGUCGUGUUGCUGCAUACUGGAGCCAGCAGUACCACUGUCUCUACCCCGGCACCGUAGUCAACGGUAACGCACAGUACCACUGUCUCUACCCCGGCACCGUAGUCAACGGUAACGCACAGUACCACUGUCUCUACCCCGGCACCGUAGUCAACGGUAACGCACAGUACCACUGUCUCUACCCCGGCACCGUAGUCAACGGUAACGCACAGUACCACUGUCUCUACCCCGGCACCGUAGUCAACGGUAACGCACAGUACCACUGUCUCUACCCCGGCACCGUAGUCAACGGUAACGCACAGUACCACUGUCUCUACCCCGGCACCGUAGUCAACGGUAACGCACAGUACCACUGUCUCUACCCCGGCACCGUAGUCAACGGUAACGCACAGUACCACUGUCUCUACCCCGGCACCGUAGUCAACGGUAACGCACAGUACCACUGUCUCUACCCCGGCACCGUAGUCAACGGUAACGCACAGUACCACUGUCUCUACCCCGGCACCGUAGUCAACGGAAGUUCAGACGGUGAUGACAGUGAUGACCUCAUCACGGUGGAGUUUGAUGACGGUGACACGGGUCGCAUCCCCCUCUCCCACAUCAGACUGCUGCCCCCUGACUACAAGAUACAGUGCGCUGAGCCCUCCCCUGCGCUGCUAGUGGCCAGCUGCUCCAGGAGGCGUGUCAGGAAGUGCAGCAAGGACACCAGUGAGACGAGGCCUAAAGCAGGGGACUCCGCCCCCAAGGGCAGAGGGAGACCGGCCAAGAAACCCAAACCCAAACCUGAGCCCCCAGUGAGCCCAGACCCCCGGGAGACGAUGCCCCCCCCGGGACCCAGCCAGGCUCCAGACAGACCUCAGCUCCCCACCAGACCAGCCCAGGACAGGCCCUCUUCCUCCCAGAGACCUGCUCAGGAAAGACCCCUGUCUGCCCCCAGGCCGGGACCAGGCCGACCCUCCAAGCCCACCAGCACCCCCAGCCUGCCUGCCCCCCCACGCAGCCAGAACCCUAGGAGACCCAGCCCAGCCUCUCCCGAGCCCCCCUCCCUCUACCACCCAGCCCCUUACGGGAAGAUACUAAGGGUGGACCUGUAUAGCCAACCCAACCUCACCUCUUGUAACGUCAGCACCCAACCUAACCCUAAAACCAACCCUAAGUCUAAACUCUCCCCUCCACUACUUAAACCCAACUCUACUUCCCCUAUCAUCAGACCCAAGCCUCUUCUACCUAACCCUAAAACUAACCUUACCUCCGUACCAAAAUCCAAACCUAGACCUAAGUCUACAGCAGAACUCCCUGGGCCUGCAGCUAACUUUAAUCCUGAUCACAACAAAUCCAGAACCGCUCCCAAAGCAAUCUCCAGACCCAAACAGAACCAUAACAAACCCAGACCCACCCCGGAUCCUUCUACCAGGCCCAGAACCAUCCCCGGGCCCAGCUCCAGUACCUCUAAACCCAGACCCAUCCCCGGGCCCAGCUCUAGUACCUCUAAACCCAGAACCAGCCCUGGGCCCAGCUCCAGUACCUCUAAACCCAGACCCAUCCCCGGGCCCAGCUCUAGUACCUCUAAACCCAGAACCAGCCCUGGGCCCAGCUCUAGUACCCCUAAACCCAGAACCAUCCCCGGGCCCAGCUCUAGUACCUCUAAACCCAGAACCAGCCCUGGGCCCAGCUCUAGUACCUCUAAACCCAGAACCAGCCCUGGGACCAGCUCUAGUACCCCUAAAACCAGAACCAGCCCUGGGCCCAGCUCUAGUACCUCUAAACCCAGAACCAGCCCUGGGCCCAGCUCUAGUACCCCUAAAUCCAGAACCAGCCCUGGGCCCAGCUCUAGUACCUCUAAACCCAGACCCAGCUCAGACCUCUCUGCUGUCAGAUCCAGACUGGACCCUAGCACCUUUAUUCCUGGUAUCUCCAGACCCAGGCAUGUCCCGGGGGAGGGCGGGGUGGGAGGGCAGGGCGGGGUGCGACAGGGGCGUAAGGCCCUCCUAGAGGAACCCCUAGUAAAGCUGGACCACGAGGGUGUGACCUCACCCAAGACCAAGAAGACCAAGGCUCUGAUGCUGCUGGAGGCCAGGGGCUUACGGCAAGAACACACACCCCUCGCCACGGCCGCAGCCAGCCAGAAGCCGGCGAGGGUAAAGGGGAGGGCUCCGGAGAGCGAGGCAGGGCUGCUGGAGGCCAAGGACUUACGGCAAGAACACACACCCCUCGCCACGGCCGCAGCCAGCCAGAAGCCGGCGAGGGUAAAGGGGAGGGCUCCGGAGAGCGAGGCAGGGCUGCUGGAGGCCAAGGACUUACGGCAAGAACACACACCCCUCGCCACGGCCGCAGCCACCCAGAAGCCGGCGAGGGUCAAGGGGAGGGCUCCGGAGAGCGAGGCGGGGCUGCUGGGGAGAGAACCCGCCUACAGAACGCCUUCUCUGGGCAGAGAAAGAGACCGGGGUGGAGGGGGGGACAGAGAACCAAAGAGAGAGGAGAGAACGAAACAAGGGGAAGAGAAGAGAGGGGAGGAGACAGGGGGGUCUCACGGCAGCAGUAGUUCAGGAUCUGAGGAAGAGGAGGAGACAAGGAAGAAAACGAAGUGUAGCUCCAGCUGCUCCCACCCCUCCUCCCCAGCCUCCUCCUCCUCAUCCUCCUCUAGCACCUCCUCUUCCUCUUCCUCCUCCACUGACGAGGAGUCCUCUUGUAGUUCUGACGAGGAGACCGCCCUCGCUCCCCCUGCACCUCUCCCCGUCUCCCCCCCUCCAACUACCCCACAGGAGGAGGUAGAGGUGGAGGAAGAGAAGGAGGAAGAGGAAGAAAUUAAGAAGUUGAAAAAGGCGGAAGAGGAAGAGGAGGAAGAAGUAUUAGAAGAAGAUCAAUCUCCCUCCUCUCCUCCCCCGUCUAUCUCUCCGUCCUCCCAGCCAGCCAGGCCCCGGGGUCGUCCAGCCCGGCAGAAGUCCCAGGGAGGUGUGGGGUCGGUGGGCAGGCCACGGCGCAGGGAGGGGGCCCACCUCCCCACCACCAAGGAGCUGGCUAAGAGACAGCGAUUACCGAGCGUAGAGAACAGACCCAAGAUCUCUGCCUUCCUGCCUGCCAGACAGCUCUGGAAGUGGUUCGGUAAUCCCACACAGAGGCGUGGUAUGAAAGGGAAGGCUAAGAAGCUGUUCUACAAGGCCAUCGUGCGGGGGAGAGAGAUGAUUGGUAUCGGGGACUGCGCCGUGUUCCUUUCAGCCGGCCGACCCAACCUGCCCUUCAUAGGGAAGAUCCAGAGCAUGUGGGAGAGCUGGGGAUCCAACAUGGUGGUCAGAGUCAACUGGUUUUAUCACCCGGAGGAGACCAACCCUGGCAAGAAACUACACGACAAGAAGAACUGGGAUCAGAUGUCUGGUCAGUCUCUUCCUUCAUCUCUGCUCUCCUCUAACCAGAGGAAAGACUUCAUGGAGCGGGCUCUGUACCAGUCGUCCCACAGCGAUGAGAACGAUGUCCAGACGGUCAGUCACAAGUGUCUGGUGGUCAGCGUGUCGGAGUACGAAACCAUGACUCUGACGCGUCGCUACGCCGACAGCCAAGACCUGUACUACCUGGCCGGGACAUACGAACCCACCACGGGUAUGAUCUACAACACGGACGGAGUCCCCAUCAUCUGAUGAACGACACGCUAACGACACGCUAAUGACACCAGACCCUGACCGUGACCCGACCAACGCCACGGUCGAUCCGGUCAACUCAUAACGUUUGAUCCAACGAACAAAGACCACCUGAGAGAGAGAGAGAGACUACAGACCGUAUUCAGAAACUCUUGGGUCUUCUCUAUAAACACACACCCAGACUUCUACCUGUAAAUACAUACAAUAAUUCUAACACUCAUAGAUAUAUAUAUAAAAGACAGGAAGUGAUUUUAUUUACCAGGGAAGACAUCCUCCUCGCUGGAUCGUAGCUGUGAGUCACAGUAGUUUUGAUGAGAGGAGGUUUGUCUAUCUGAGAGACGUAUUACACUAACGAGAGAGAGAGGCCUGCUGACAAUCCCAACAAUGGGGGUGGGGAUACAGUCCUGUGUUCUGAUUGGUGCCUGUCUGGACCCGCCUACUCCCCCAUGACC